AUGCCCUCGCAAGCGGCGAGCCCAGUGGUGUCACCUCACGAAUCCGACAGCGACGCCAGCAUCAGUCUCCCCCAACAACGACGGCCGGAUAGAUCCCCUCUCGCCUCCGUCGACCGCUUGCCCUACCGGCGCAGCAAUGCUUCGUUGUCCAACCUCUUCGCCUCGACAUCCUCCUUGCCCACAAGACCGGGCAGCGAUGGCACCCAGACUCCGCCGAGCGCCGCCUUGAACGGGUCAGUCUUCUCGCCAGGUGGAUCUACGGUGCGUUCCCCUUCGCCGGCGUUACCAGGGGUCGGAGCAGGGAGCGCAGGGAGUGAGACGAGGAAUAUCAUCGUCCGAGCAUUCUCUCCGCAUGUCUCCGUGCUGGCCUCGCAGGAUACGGAGGAGUUGAUUAGGCACAAGGGGAUCCACGGAGGACUACUGGAACUUUUACGGCCAUUUGGAGAGCGUGUGCCGGGCAAGGUCACGAUUCGAGACAGUAGCGGGGCGAGCAGGUCUUACGAGGACUAUGCUGUACGCUUCGUUGGAGUGAAGGAUGGGCUCGAGAGCUCUAGGGCAGCGAACAGGAACAGUACCGAUUCUAUCAGGACUGGCCCUCGAGCGUCGAUGCUAGAAUACAAGCCCGCGCGAUUGCGCACCGGCGGCGAUGUCCCUCAGAUCGAAGACCUGGUUGAACGGCACCUGACAUUCGCCGAAGAGCAGUCUGGUCCCGUGCAGCCCGACUACCUCAACCACAAAUCAGCCGCCACCAAGCCCGCAGACUCAAACAACCCUUCCCCUUUCUACCACCUCUACCUCCGUCGCCUGCUGUCCGGCCUUCCUCUGGUCCCGUCAGAAACACUGUCUCACCCUCUCGCCUCGAUCAUCGCCAUUUCCUCCCGCUCGCCGUCUCCAAUCGAAGAACUGCGCACGCUCUACGCCUCAUCCAACAACGGCGAGCACCGCCUGCCUCCCUGGGUUCACAAUGAAUUCCUACGCUACUACGUCCUUAUCCACGACGAGGACUACGACUCCCUACCCCAAUCCACCGCCCUCUACGACCAGAUGAAACGCCACUUCGGCCUACAUUGUCAUCUCCUCCGCUUACGAAGCACGCAAUGCUUACCAUCCGACGACGACGCCCUGCUCCUCCCGACCUGCGAAUGGACCGCCGCAGCCGAAGACCUAUCCGAAAUCACCCGCCGCGAAACAUCCGACGACGACGACGACCCCGACAUCACCGGCCCCUACAUCUUCGACACCGACGCCGCCAACCUCCGCGCCUUCGUUCGCGAACUUGUCACCCAAUCCCUCGUUCCUGCCCUCGAACGCGCCUCCGCAACGUGGAACGACCAAGUCGCUUCUCGUCGACGGGGCAUAAGCGGCCGCUUCAUGUCCCUCUCCAAACGCUUCACCACGUUCGGCUCGUCCUCUUCCAGCACCAGCAGUGCCAGCAACCGCAACUCCUCCGUCCCCUCCUUCGGCGCCGCAGUCGGCGGCAGCACGAACUACGACCCCAGCACCGGCGCUUACCCACCUUCCGCCAACGAAGCCACGAUGCGGCGAUUAGCGGACUACGCGAUGGUCCUGCGCGAUUACAGACUCGCGCAAUCGACGUUCGAAAUUCUCUGUCAAGACUUCAAAGGCGAUAAGGCAUGGCGGCACUACGCCGGUGCGAACGAAAUGGUCGUCGUGAGCUCGCUGAUUCAAACUGGAGGGGCGAAGGUGCGGUAUGAAGCCAUUGAGACGGCUUUGAGGGAGGCGUAUUAUACGUAUGUUUCUCGGUGUCAAGCACCUUACUACGCACUGCGGACGCUUGUUCUGGGGGUAGAGUUGUUAAGGCUAAGGGGUGGAGCGGCGCUCGAUGAGGCGGCGCGGUGGGCGGGGAGGGUGUUGGAAGAUCGGUUGGUGGGGGCUGUGGGGAGUGUGUUGGUUAUGGAACGGAUUGCGGCGUGUUAUGCUGAGCGUAGGGUUGCAGGGGUGAGUGUGGUUGAGAGGAGGAGGAAGGCAGCGUUUUGGAACGCUUUGGCUACGGAGGCGUGGUUGCGGCUGGAGAAGGGCGGGCGGGCGGAGGAGUGUCUUGGAGCUGCGGCGCGGCUAUAUCAGGCGUUAUAUGAGUCGGAGUCGUCGGCGGCGGAGCUCGAAGAGAAGAUGGGCUUCGAAAUGGAGAAGCGGCGGUUCGAAGCGAUGCAAGCACAUCUCGCCUCCCUGCACGCAGCAGUGCAAUCGAACCUCUCCGGCCCACACCACCUCUCCGACGAAGACCUCCUCGCGCAGCAAGAUGCCGACGAGCAAGGACAACUCGCAGAACCACUUCAAGAAGACUCCGACAAACUCGCCUCCCUCCGCCGGCCUUCCCUGCAGAUCCAAGCAUCCAACCAACCACCCGGACAUCGGAGAAGCAUCAGCGUCUCCGCCAGCGCAACCAGCCCUGACCCGCCACCGCAGAUGCAGACGCUCUUCGAUCCGCUGGGAGCUGUGGGAAGCGCGUACGAGACUACACCCUCGACGCAGAGGCGACCGAGUGGUGGGGGCACUGUACCGCUGAGUGCGGGCGCUGGGGUGGGUGAUUUGCCUGGGAUGAGUAGUCCGAUGGGUGAGCGAGGUAGUGGUGGGAGGGAUGACGGGUUCGAAUGA